AUGGCGAGGAUAGCUAAGAUAUCAAUCUCUACCGUUGAUAGGUUUCAAUCCAACGUUAAAUAUGACGAUUUAUCUAAGUAUAGCUUGUUGUUUCCAAACGAGCAACUUGAGACUGAAAUUGAAGCUAGUCGUUCCUUGAUUCAGUCAGAUAAAGAGCAACAUCAUAUACCACACGGCAAAGAGUCUGUGCAAGAAAAGAAAAUUCUCUCACAAGAAAAUAAGAUUCAGAGGUUUAAUGAGCACGUCCAAGAUCUAAGGAGGCAGUUGGUUCAAUGCAGGAAUGAAAAUCAGGUUGAGUUGACGGAGCUAGUAACUGAGCUUGAUCAGCUGCCACUAAGUUGUGACUAGUCCAUUUUUACAGGUACAUUGUUUUUGCCUAGCACAUGUUCCACAUGUGGUUUAUUUCUUUCCAGUUAAAAACAUAUGUUAAAUUAUUAUGCUUCAAGACUGAGACAUCAGGGGCUGCUGGACUGGGAUGGACUAACAAAACUUCAAGAGAAACUCAGAGAUUUUCAAGCUCCACUAACUUUGUUAUGUCACCAUUUAUGGCAGAAGGUUUAGCGAUGAGGGAAGCGAUUAGGAAGAGUAAGGAACUGGGGAUCCGGCGACUAAGAUGCGAAUCAGACUCCUCACAGCUGAUCAAAGCACUCAAUUCAUAUCUACUGAGCCUUUGGAGAUUUGUGGGAUAAUCUCAGAUAUUAGAAUAGAUGCUAGCUCUUUUGAUGCUAUUUCUUUCUGUUGGAUUCCUCGUGAGAGGAAUGUUGAUGCUGAUUUCUCAGCUAAGGAGGCCUUACGCCAUGUAAAGAUUGAUUUAAUCAGUUAGACGUUUGUUUUUAAUCAAUGAAGUUGCUUCCCAAAAAAAAAAAUCAUGCUUCAAGAAUUACCUAUUUGAUGGCUAGAAUCAAUUGCCAACUAAUUUGAUGCACUGUGAGAUAUUGAUCUUAUUGGAUAUGAUUGACAGAAUAUGGCAGCAUGGUUUCUAAAUUAAUAUCUGGUCCAGGGUUAUCAAAAUGAAUUUUCCAUAUGAAUAUCAUACCUAUUGAUCAGAGCCACAUGCAUACUUUUUUCUUGAGUGCUUGCUUGCUGUCUCGACCUUUUACCUUAGAGAUUUCAAUAGAUUUGGACAUUGGAGAAUUUGGUUUUCCCCCCGGGAACACUGUUAGAGGUAGUUGAAAACUUGUACAUAGUCUGGCUAGAGAUAUUAUAAAGGGAAGAACGAAUUUGCUAGAAGAUGAAACGUUUUUCCUAAGUAUAUCCAUGUCGAAGUUCAGUGGACACUUUACAUAUAAACCUUCAUGAACACAUUAAGUAGUGUCUGUCUCUGAAUAUCUCUCAGUAGAUAUAGGUAAGUAGUUGCAAUAUCCUUCUGAAACUUGUUUAGAAGCGUAAUUUUUUUUUACUGGGGAACCCCCAUAGCUUUCUCUGCAUAAAGGUUUUACAGUAGAAGGGCAUUUUUUUCACCCUACUGAAUCCUCAUGAGUACUGUAUUCUGAAUCACAUUUUUGGUGUGUGCAGAUUGAAGCUUUCUCUCACACACUUCACAGGCUUCAAAUGUUAAUCAAGAUUCUUUAAUCAACCUAAUACCCCAAAAGCCUUGUUUAUAAACACUGCGCACUUGAAAGUUCUGUGUACUUUGAAGGAGCAAUCAAAGAAGAGUGGUCCUUAUAGAUGUCCUUAUAGAUGUACUACAUCAAGUAUGUAUAGCUAAGAAUGCUAUUGGAAUCUUGGGGUGUAAUUCUACUCUCUCUCUUCUCUUUGGUUUCAUUUAUCAUUACACUGAAAGCGUUGGACUAAUGAGUGAAGUCAAUAACGUGGACAGGACACACACUGAAACAAAUCUCUUGAAAUUGUAGUUACUAAGUAAUUUGUAUUCUUCAUGUAUAUGCUAAAAAAAGUUUUACUACGUAGCAAGCAACGAAAGAUCCAGCGGUCGGGGAAAAUCAAGAAAGACAACAAUGAAUCUUACGUGUGAAUUUAAGGUUUAAGCAUCAUAAAAGAAACGUUGGAGAAACUUUUUCCAUAUCAAAUUAUUCAUGAAAAUUAAUGUACCUAUAGUUUGACAUGCAUGCCAAUGAUAAUCUCAGUUAAAUACGAUGCUUUAUCAAAAUAUAGCUUAUUCUUAAAGAAUUUGCUUUAUGUUGAACCAUAGAAAGCAUAUAGUGUUACAUACGAGAUGAGCUCUUCAAUGAUUGAAAGGGAAAACAUUGCAUUAAUUUAGGUUAACAUAUGCAAACAAAGACACAAGUUUAAGACACAACAAGAAACAAAAA